ACAUUGGUAAUUCAUAGUGAUGGAGUUCCCACAAUUUAAUAAUCUGCGCAGCACAACAGCAAUAUAGGCGGACGGGAACAGAGCCAAUCACAGGCGUUAUGAAACACGUGAGCAGAGGGCGUUUACAAUCUUUCAUAAUGGUACAAAUGCCUGAACAACUUCCAGCGUCAACUUGUGUAUUCCUCUGGACAAUAAACUGGUCGUCUGUACUUUAGUGCCUUAACAAUGCUCCGUGCCACCACUGCCUUCCUGUGCGCCUAUUGCCAGAAGAGGAGCGUCUUAACCCCUCAUAUGGGCUUCUCUUCCUCUACCCUCGCCAACAAGCGGCCAGAGAACCAGCAAACUGUUGACUCCCUUUAUGACCUAUCGGUGGACAUCCGUAAAGUGCGUAAGUUCAAGGGAUGGGUGCUGUCAGAGAACUCUGUGUACGUGUACGAGACGGCGGACCUGCUGCGGGACAUGGGCGCUGACACUGCUUCCAUUGCCCAUGUGCUGGAGACCCACCCCGAGGCUAUCCUGUGUCGGCCCGAGGACGUGGCAGCUCAGCGGGACCUCUGGUCCUCCGUAUGCCCCAACCGGCGUGAGCUGGUGGGCAUCAUUGAGAAGUUCCCUGCCUCCUUCUUCACGCUCACGCACCACACCAACCAGCGUGACAACAUAAGCUAUCUCCAGAGCCUGCGCCUCAGCAAGCGCAUCAUCGGGAAGCUGAUGGCCAGCGCCCCCCAGAGCUUCAGCCGGCCUGUGGAGAGCAACCAGGAGGUCAUCCACAUGCUGCGAGAGACUUACUUGGACCUGGGAGGGGACGAGGGAAACCUGCGCUUAUGGUUCCAAAAGUUGCUCAGCCAGAACCCCUACAUCCUGAUGCGGCCGGCUGAGGCGUGGAGGGACAGUCUGGGCUUCUUGAGGGAGAAGGGCUUCACCACAGAGGAGCUCCUGGUCCUGGUCUCCAGCCUCAGGGCCUCCAUCGCAGAGCUGCAGCCUGAGGCCAUGCAACAGGCUCUGGACUACACCCAGGGGGUGCUCGUUUGCUCUGAAGAUGAGCUCCGGGAGAUAGUCCUCCGCUGCCCUGCUGUACUGUACUACUCAGUGCCCACCCUGGUGGGCCGGUUCAAGGGGCUGCUGGACGUGGGGGUGAGCAUGGACCAAGUGAGGGAGAUGCCCAACGUGCUGGAGCUCACCACUCAGAUUGUGCUCUACCGCAUCCAGAAACUAGCCUCCUACGGCUAUGACGUGCGAGGUGGCAGCCUGGACGUUAUCGUCGGCACCAAGAAGGACUUUGAGAUGACCUAUGGCAAAUUGCAGCUAAGGCAACAACGACCACUCUUCAACCCUGUUGCCCCUCUCAGGACCGCAGAGGAGUGAAUGUUAAUGGACCACAUGGCUUUUCCGACAUUUUGUUAUGUUACAGCCUUAUUCUGAAUAUGAUUCAAUUGUUUUUCCCCCCUCAUCAAUCUACAUACAAUACCCCACAAUGACAAAGCAAAAACAGGUUUUUAGAAAUGUUUGCUAAUUUAUUAAAAAUAAAAAACUGAAAUAUCAUAAGUAUUCAGACCCUUUACUCAGUACUUUAUUGAAGUACUUUUGGCAGUGAUUACAGCCUCAUCUUGGGUAUGACACUACAAGCUUGGCACACCUGUAUUUGGGGAGUUUCUCCCAUUCUUCUCUGCACUCAAUCUCUGUCAGGUUGGAUGGGGAGCAUUGCUGCACAACUAUUUUCAGGUCUCCAGGAAUGUUAGAUCGGGUUCAAGUCCGGGCUCUGGCUGGGCCACUCAACGACAUUCAGAGACUUGUCCCGAAGACACUCGUCCAUCGUCUUGGCUGUGUGCUUAUGGUCAUUGUCCUGUUGGAAGGUGAACCUUCGCCCCAGUCUGAGGUCCUGUGCGCUCUGAAGCAGGUUUUCAUCAAGGAUCUCUCUGUACUUUACUCCGUUCAUCUUUGCCUCGAUCCUGACUAGUCUCCCAGUCUCUGCCACUGAAAACAUCCCCACAGUAUGACGCUGCGACCACCAUGCUUCACCGUAGAGAUGGUGCCAGGUUUCUUCCAGACGUGACGCUUAGCAUUCAAAUCAAAUCAAUUUGUAUAGCCCUUCUUACAUCAGCUGAUAUAUCAAAGUGCUGUUCAGCAUUCAGGCCAAAGAGUUCAAUCUUGGUUUCAUCAGACCAGAGAAUCUUGUUUCUCAUCGUCUGAGAGUCUUUAGGUGCCUUUUGGUAAACUCUAAGCGUGCUGUCAUGUGCCUUUUACUGAGGAGUGACUUCUGUCUGGACACUCUACCAUAAAGGCCUGAUUGGUGGAGUGCUACAGAGAUGAUUGUCCUUCUGGAAGCUUCUCCCAUCUCCACAGAGGAACUCUGGAGCUCUGUCAGAGUGACCAUCGGGUUCUUGGUCACCUCCCUGACCAAGGCCCUUCUCCCCCGAUUGCUCAGUUUGGCCGGGCGGCCAGUUCUAGGAAGAGUCUUGGUGGUUCCAAACUUCUUCCAUUUAAGAAUGUUGGAGGCCACUGUGUUCUUGGGGACCUUCAAUACUACAGAAAUGUUUUGGCACCCUUCCCCAGAUCUGUGCCUCGACACAGUCCUAUCUUGGAGCGCUACGGACAAUUACUUUGACCUCAUGGCUUGGUUUUUGCUCUGACAUGCACUGUCAACUGUGGAACCUUAUAUAGACAGGUGUGGGUCUUUCCAAAUCAUGUCCAAUCAAUUGAAUUUACCACAGGUGGACUCCAAUCAAGUUUCAGAAACAUCUCAAGGAUGAUCAAUGGAAAAAGGAUGCACCCAAGUUAAAUUGAGUCAUAGCAAAGGGUUUGAAUACUUUUGUAAAUAAUUUAUUUCAUUUAAAAAAAAUAUAUACAUUUGCAAACAUUUCUAAAAACCUGUUUACCCUUUGUCAUUAUGGGGUAUUGUGUGUAGAUUACUGUAAAACAUAUUUAAUCAAUUUUAGAAUAAGGCUGUAACGUAACAAAAUGUAGAAAAUGUCAAGGGGUCUGAAUACUUUCCAAGGGCACUGUACUGUACAUUCAUAAUUUUUUGUGAUGUUUAAUGUCACUGUCAGACUUGUGACAUUCACCAGGAAGACCAUUCCUUCUGGGGAGGGACAGUAGUGUAUUACCUGGUUCAAGUUGUUGUAACAUGAUACCCAGCCACAUGGUUAUCAUUCCCCCACAACUUAAUUCAAGGCUAAAAAUAGCAUAGCAUGAUAGAAAAGGUUGAAUCAUAAAAAUAUAUCCAUCUGUUUGCACUGCUACUUAAAAGUCUGCAUAAGGUAAAUGGUACUUACUAUAACAAGUCACACAUACUGAAAAUGAACAGUGUUAGAUAAAUUCUCAUAUAGUUAUUAAGCAGUUCUAUUAAUACAUAGUAAUGCAGGGUUCCCCAACUGGCGGCCCGUGAAUUUGGCCCGCGGGUGGUUUUAUUUGGCCCCCCAAGUUUUCUGAGCAAAAAAAUGAUAUAUAUAUUUUUUUGUUCAUUUUUCAUUGUUGGAUAUAAAAACUGUAAAACACCAGGUAAUCAGCUUCAAGUGAUUUUAACUAGGGAAAUCUGUUCCCAUGUAUUUCCACGAAUAAUGAUCAUAAACAAAGCAAGGUUUGAAAUUAUUACAUUUUAAUCCAAUAAUAUAUCUGUUUGGGCUUCUUGCGAUUAAUUUGCAGUCUACAAAUUAUUGUUAUAUAUAUUCCGACCCCCCGACCAUCUGCUCAAGAAAAAAAUCGUCACACAGCUGAAUCUAGUUGAUGAUCCCUGUAGUAAUGCAUCUAAGUAAUACACUGUAACAAAGGUUAUGCACAAAUCAGCUGUGAAGACUUUGAGGUAGGCCUACUGUAAGACAUGUGUUGCGUACAUUUCAACAAUAUUGGUAACCAAUGAAAUAAAGCCGGUGAGAAAAAGAGAA